UUAUUUAUUUAUUUAUUUAUUUAUUUAUUUAUUUAUUUAUUUAUUUAUUUAUUUAUUUAUUUAUUCAUGCCUGUUUGCUGGAAUUAGUAGCAGGAAUUCCUUCUAUCAGUUUUAUUGGCAUUUAAAGCAUCUGAGAUUAAGAGUUUUCGUGCAGUGUUAAGGAAAUCUUUUCUCUUUGCAUCAACCUUCUACACGAAGCCAGCUUCAGUCUGAAGUGCGCUUAGUUCAGUUUUUCAACAACUGAUGAACACAAAUACAAAAAGUAUUUGGAACAGGUGAACGAGUUAUGGCGAAGAGAAUACGCCGCCCCCAAAAGUAUGAUUCCACUCGAUAAUCCCACCAUUCAAUUAACAUUAUUCGCACCUAAGAAACCAUGACUUCAAUCAACAGUGCCGUUUAUUUAGCAGUAUGUCUGGCCAUGGUUAUAUUAUUAUGUGUGUUAUACAUGAUAUGGAAGUUAGGAAUUUGUCGAUGUGUGUGUGUAUGCAAUGGAACGAUUAUUGAAUAUCAAGAAAAUUCGGAACGCGAUGCUUCUCAUGAAAAGUUGCAAUCUCUCAAAGAUGAAACAACUUACCUAAUAUCAACAAACUAUUUCCAAAGCACCCCAGUUUAUAAUUCUUGCUGCGUAUGUCUUACAGGGUCAGGAGGCAUGGAACCAAGCUAUGGUUUAUAUGUGCCAAAAUCAAGGAGAGUCACAUUUGGCCACGUUAAUAGAUCAACAAUAAAAGAGAGAAUUCUAGAUAAAAUAACAUGUUUUCCAACAUUUACAAUAAACGAUUCAUGUCCCAUAUGCUUAGACGUCUUUGCUCGAGAUACGAACAUUAUUUUGUUAAAAUGUAGCCAUGGUUACCACGAAAGUUGUAUACUUGGAUGGUUAAAACUUCAUGAUAAAACUACAUUCCAUACUUCGUGUCCACUGUGCAAAGAAGAAAUGACAGUAGACAGUUUAUCGGUGACAAAUAUAAACACACCUGACCCUGCGCAAGGGUUUGGUCACACAUCCCCUGUUUAUGGUUCAGUAGCAUUUCAUGGUAGACAUUUGGCUGUACAUAUUCCACUGCCAUAAGAAUUUAGGUCUUUACUUUAACAAAUUUCGGACCGAGGGGAAACUACACCCUUCUCCCUCCUAUCUCUUUGUAAUAACUUCCAAAGAAUAUUGUUUAGAGAGUUAAAAUUUAGUGAUUCGUUUCGAGAUAAACAAAUUGUUUUGACGCAACGUAUGGCAUGGUAACUCGUUGGUUAACAAAUGAUAAGUGGAAAAAUGAGAUUAGAAAUCUUUUUCUUCUUAAAGAUUUUUUUAUUAAGUGUUCGCCGCCACCGCAAUCUGGACUGAAUGGUGCCUUCGAGUUAUUUUAACCCAGUUUCACUCCAAUGGAUAACAAGCAAAACAGGAUAGCUAGUUGUACUGAAAAAACAUGGAGAUACUUAUAUACUAAGAAAAUUGAAUUGUGGAAACUUGAACAUUUGAUUGUAAUUAUUUUUUCGUAGAUUUUAUGUUUUAUCUUUUACUUCAUGCUUAUUAAUCCA